CUCAAUCGCAUCUCGCACACAACAACCAACCCAUCGCAAGCCCAUCCAUCCUCAUGGCAGACUUCCAAGCUCUAGGCCAGCAGUUCUGCACAUUCUACUACAACACUUUUGACAGUGACAGAAGUCAACUUGCCAACCUCUACCGCGCCCAGUCAAUGCUCACUUUUGAGAAUGCUCAAGUGCAGGGCGCUACUAGUAUCGCGGAAAAGCUAGUGUCUCUGCCCUUUCAAAAAGUCCGACACAAUGUCACGACACUCGAUGCACAGCCCUCAAGUCCUUCCGAUGGCGGCGUCUUGGUCAUGGUCACGGGAGAAUUACUCAUUGAUGAAGAGACAAAUCCACAGCGAUACAGCCAAGUGUUCCAUUUGAUGCCCGAAGGCGGUUCCUUCUACGUCUUUAACGACAUUUUCCGUCUCAACGUGGGAUAGGCUUUUGACUUGGCUCUCCUGUAGCCAUCGUC